GUAUAUAAUCAAUGUGCUCUAGUGGUGUCGUUAAAAAAACCGCACUUUAACUUUGAAUCCUUUUAAGUAUAUGUAGGUUUAUAUUGAAACAUUCACACAGUACUGUAAUUUAAGUAGCUGAAACAUUCCAGUGCUGGUUAUUUGUAAUUACAUUUUCAUUUUUGGUAUCUUUAAGAUUUAGUUUGUUAGUUUCUUGCGCUUGCUUUUUUUCCAAGGAAAGUAACCUUGCAGAUCGAGACACAAACAAAAGGAUGACUCUAUAACUGGUGGCUGCAAGGAUAAAAUUACAGAAUUAUCCAAGAUGGAAGAUGACCUUGACUUUGACCAUGAUGAUUUUGAGCAUCCGUUCAUUGGAAGAGCAGGUUUCCUGAAUUCAAUACGCAGUUCUUGGAUGAGAAACCGAGUGUUUGGAAUCUUUGGUCAAAAGUCUGUUGGCAAGUCGAGGACGGUGAAGGAAUUCUUGAAGAGACUUCAGUCUGAUGUUGGAGAUGACGGCAGCCUGAGAAUCAUCUCUGUUGACCUGCAGGGUGUCACGUCCAUGGAGACUCUUCGCUUGAAGAUCUUGCUUCUGCUAGGUUUCAUCAAUGAGGUCUGGAACGAUGCUGAUGACUGGGUCUUACAGAUGUGUGAUAAAAUGAACACUGACAUUCAUCAUGCCUACAUACUGUCAUUUGACAAUGCUGAAGAUUGCUUGAACAGUACAUUGAAAGACGAGUUUAUAUCAACCUGCAGUAUAAUCAUUUGGACUUGUCAAAAUACUAGGAUAAUGUUUUCAUCAACCACCAAAAUUGCCUGUGGCUUUCCUUUUUUCUUCUGGCAAGAGUUACCUCCCAUGGACACUAUUGAUGGAUCACAGCUUAUCAAGUCCAUUGCACCUGAUGUUGAUUUUGGAGAAUACCUUGAAAAAAUAGUUAAACUGUGUUGUGGACUACCAUUAGCAUUAACUAUUGCAGUCACUGGAUAUGCACUGAGCCAGGAAAAUGAAAUUGCUUUCACUGCAGCAGAGAUGGUUGACAUCCUCAGUCAGUGUAGACUUAGAGCACUUAGUUCAGAAAGCUAUUUGCCAGAGGAACAAGUUGGAGCUGUUUACAAGAACUUUAUUGAGCAGCUAACGAAGGAAUUCCAGCAGAGACUUGCUGUGUUGGGAUACAUCCCAGGAUCCUUCACAGACGUGGAGGCCAGUCAGCUGCUGGCUCAUCCUACUACUAGUGACACUCGCCAGCAGACAUUAAGACCCCUGCUGAGACGUUACAUGAUAGAGUUUCAACCUAAAACCAGGAGAUACAACAUCCAUGGUAUUCUGCAGGACUGCCUCGAAGUUUAUUUCAACAUUGAGAACCUUCCAGACAUCCAAAAGCGCUACUGUGUUACGUUCAGUCGGGUUCUGCAUGAGCUGAGUUGCCAGAUGGAGACAGCUGAGUAUCUGGAAGCGUACGCUGCAUUCAUCCAGGAAUAUCCCAACCUGCAGAAACUGCUGACCAACGUGAUGCACUCCACAGAGGAGAUGUUCCCCUUCUACAUCGAAAUGGCGGCCACAUCCUCCAAUCUCAUCAUUGGGUUCUUUGGCAACGAAAGUAUUCUGUUUUUCACCAAGUGUUUUGAACUAGCACAGCAGUAUGGGAAGCAGAGAGACCAGGCUCUGGCGAUGACACACUACGGUCGAACUCUGACCAGUGUCAAGUCUGAUUUUAUGGGAGGAAGAAAAAUGUUAACAGAGGCAGUCAACAUCCUGGAGUUGUCUCCCCCUACAGAGUCUCUGGCAACUGUUCUGCUUAGUUUGGGUUGGACAGUUUAUCUCCAGGGUGAGAUUCCACAAGCUAUUAAGCAUUUCAGUAGAGGUCUCGAAGUCGUGAAAGAAGCAGGGUGUGAAGACAGUUAUCCUGUGUAAACUCCUCAACUGUCUUGGUCUUUCUAACAUCGUGGAGGGAAGGUUCACUGAGGCCGAGACACAUUUUGUUAGUGCUUUAAGAAAAUACAAACAAAAACUGGGUGAAAUACACCCAACUGUUGGAUCAGUUUACAAUAACAUAGGAGUCCUCAUGACCAAAAAGGGAGAUCACGA